AUGGAUCCAAAUGGAAUUGUUCGUCGUGGUAUAUUAAAACCACGCGAUGUUAUUUUAAGAAAUUCAUUGAUUAAUCCAGAGGCGUUACUUGAUGUACCAGAAUUUAAUUUUGUUUAUGGUGAUUCAGAUACACUUUCAGCUGAAAUAGCCGAUAAUAGCGCUCUUCAAUGGAAAAAUUUAUCAUUGGAAGAUAAAAAAGAUUUUAUAAUCUAUUUACUAGAGCAAUGUGAACUUGUUAAUAAAGACAGUCGAUGUUCAGUAUUGAGAGCCCUUUUAUAUUUAAUACAAGGUGUAUUUUAUCAGUCAUCAGAUGUCAACGAAUAUAUUACAAAUGUCAAACAAAAUAUAUUCAUUUUUUAUUCAUGUGAUGGAGUUCAAAUAUUCAUCGAUCAAUUCAAUAUGGAAUUAGAACGUUUGUGUCAUGAUAGUAGUCUAAAAAUGAUUAAUAAAAAUUUAAGUGAUAAUCAAAAUCUAAGGAUUAUUAUAUGUGUACUCUAUACAGUGAUUGAAUUUGCAAGAAAACUACCUGACAGUGACAAAGAUUGGUUAUGUUUGAAAAAGUCACUAAAACAUGAUCUGUCUCAUCCGAAUGAUAAUGGCGAAUUAUUUGCUAACACAUUAUUUCAUUCGAUUUGUCUAUUUUGUAACGCUCAACCAUCUCCACCAUUACCUAUACGAAAAUUGCUGUUGUUAUUAUGGAAAUUAAUUCUCUUUACAUUGGGUGGAAUUGAAGAUGCAUUUGAACAAAAAAAUAUCAUGCGUCAAAAACAAAAUUUGUCACCAAUCACAGAAAAUCCAUCAAAAGUUAUUAAAAAAAUGCAACCAAUUUCACCACCGUUAGCCGGUGCAGAAUGUUUGGACAUACAACAAAAUGAAAGUGGAAAUAGUAAUACUAGAAGAGCAAAAAGGCAGAGUUUUACAAAACAAAGUGUUUUAGAUGGUGAUAGUGAAGAUUCACCCAAUCUAAAUUCGACAUCAUCUACACCAAUACCUCUUACAAAUCCUUCUUCUAAUGACGAUGAUAAUGGUCUAUUAUUGGUUUCUUCUUCGACAUCAAACAGUUCAAUUGAUACAUCCUUAAAUCUAGAAGAUCCAACAGUAUUGCUCAACAGAGAACUUCCAUGGUUACCCAAAGUCCGACAAAAGGAUUUGGAAACAUUUUUGGAUCACACACGAAAAAAAUUUGUUGGAUUCACGAUCAAAGAUGAUUUGAAUACAUUGAUUGGACUACCGAAGCCGAUACAUGAAAGUGUGAAGAUUCUCAAACAACAUCUGUAUAUAUCCUUAUCUGAAAUUCAAAUGCAACAUGAAGAUGAAAUAGCAAAAUAUCCAUUAUCGAAGAAGGAAAAAGUUAUUCCAGAUACACCUAGUGAACGUUUAUACCGUGAAACAUUACCACAAAUUCCACAGUUUUUGAUUGCUUUGUUAAAACUAUUACUUACCUCAACUCCUACAGCUAAACCGAAAUCAGAAUCAAUUAAUAUUCUAUGCGAUGUUAUACCGGAAGAAAUGCCUACAACAAUGGUGCAAACAAUGAAACUUGGGUUCGAUAUUAAUAGACAUAAAAAUGUGUCAGAUAAUGAAAAUUAUUGUUGGCGAAAUAUGUUUUCAUCGAUAAAUUUACUAAGAAUAUUAAAUAAAUUAACAAAGGAAAAACAUGCGAGAACGAUGGUGCUAGUUGCGGUCAAAUCAGCACCAUUUUUACGCAAGACAUUACGUGUUAAGCAAGCGAUGAUGCAAUUGUAUACAUUAAAAUUAUUAAAAUUACAAACACGUUAUUUGGGAAGACAAUGGCGAAAGUCGAAUAUGAUGGUCAUAUCAGCGAUUUAUCAACGUGUUAGACAUAGACUGAAUGAUGAUUGGGUAUAUGGAAAUGAGUCACAAUCAUGGGAUUUUCAAACAGAAGAACGUGCACUACGUAACAAAAUUGAUUUCUUUAAUCAUCGUCGUUAUUGUACAUCAUCUAAUUCAAAAAUGCAUAACUCUAGUACACAAAAUGUCGGUGUACAUCAACUAUCAAAUGAAUAUCAACACAGUCAAAUAUUUGAUAACGACUACUUUUCCUCGAACAACACCAAUCAAGAUCUGAUAACGGCUUUGUCAACAAUAAAUUUCGAUAAUCAUGAUUUACCCGAAACAUUUAAACGUAAUUAUGAACAAUGGCUAGACCAAGAAGUCUAUGAACAACAGGUUGAAUGGGAUUUACUAUUGAGACAAAAAGCAAUGGUGAUUUAUUGA